AUGAAUUCAAGUGCUGACUCUCAGAGACAAUUGAUUAUUGGAGGCGCAGGAGCAGUCGCUGCUCUAUUGCUAAGUCUCGGCACAACAUGGGCAGUUAUCGACUACAACGCUUACAUUGCACUGGGACCCGGAGGGCCACCUAACAACUUCUUCGGCUGGGUCAUCGUCAACAUUGCCGUACGCCCGUUCUGUUCGAGUGCAGCCAGAGCAAUUUUUACCGAUGACUACCCGAAAAAUGGAGCACACAAGGACAUCGAGUCCCUUCCGAGAAGACGCGGGCCUCGUGCCAGUGUUGCCGGUCUGGUACCACACCGCCAAGUCACGCAACGGGCCCCAGAAACUAUGAGAACGCGGACUUCGAGUUACGAACGACAUCAUGAUGCCCUUUUCGUGGCUCAAAAUCUUUUCAAAGAAAGUACUAUGGACUUGCCGAAGGCGGCAUUCAUAGCAAAGGGAGAACUUGGACAUCACCAUGAAGACUUAUCAAUGCACCUCUACCUGAGCCCGGCCGAUGCGCGUCAGGUGAUUGAGAAGGGUUGGGGAGAAAGACAUCGUCUUUCUGUUCCUACGAACACCUGGUUUAGACACAGGUACGGAAUUGGAGACACGUAUCUGAUGAUCUACGGACCCCGAGAUGAAGAAGAAAUGGAAGCCUUGAGGAUCAUUCUUGAGAGCAGCAUCCGGUUUAUGACUGGAAGAGACGUGAAUGUCUUUGAAUGGAAGAGCUGA